UGGACCCACACCUUUAAGUAUGGAAGUGUCAAAAGUACAAGCAACAUGAACAAACGUAUUCUCCUCCAAUAACUGUUUUGAGGUUAAGAGAAGAGUGAAAUCUCGGAAAAAUAAAAUAUAUUUUACUUUAAAAGUUUACACGAUGAAUUCUUUAACAAGAAUUUCGCGUAGAAGGCUCUGUCAAGAGUUGAUAAUACGGUUACAAUCUACAGCUGCAACAUCGUCAUCUUCAGAUAUUUAUAUUCCAAACAGGAAGGAACGUGGACCAACAGAUAUCUUGAAAGCUCUUGAAAGCACGAUAUCUAGGGAUUAUACAGCACCACAUUAUAAGUUUCACGAUGACCCAUAUCUAAUGCCACUGUCAAGAAUACAAAACCGCUCAUAUGCAUUAGCCCGUGAGGCUGGAAAAAAAGCUGCAAUGUGGGUUCGACAAGAACACUCUAAUUUGUUUUAUCACAAAGUGGCAGAACCUGAAAUCAAGGCAUUUGUCCCACCUCCAGUUUACACAGAAAAAAGUGUAGUUACAGAGGAAACAUUAUUAUAUGAAAUAUCAAACUGUAACGUUUCCGACGCUAUCACCAUAUAUGAUUUGUUAAAAGUUGACAUAACAAUACCUACAAAACAGGCCCUCUUGGAAUUAUUGUGUUUUUACAAUAAUAGUCAACCCAUCAACACCGAUCUUCUCGAAUAUCGUUGGUAUCAGACAAAUAAACGAGAUAAAAAUAUUUGGAUAACCCGACCACAGAUCAACGUGUUGUUUGAUUUCCUAAUACAACAAGAGCCCAAGGUGGCAGCUGCCGCGUACGACGCGAUGAUAUGCGGUUUAGCCAAAUAUUUCAGUAUAGAUAAGGCUUGGCACUUGUACCAGGAGUGUCAAAAAAAGAGACUGCCGUUGUCUGUCAGAGGAUAUAAUGCUAUGAUAUCAUUAGUGCAGUUUGUAAACAGAGAAGGCGAGAAAUCGAGAACAUUUGUGAAGGAUAUAUACAAAACGAUGGCCGAGAACGGAGUCACUCCGAAUAUUUAUACGUUCAAUGCUGUUCUCAACAUAGCAGCCUCUUUGUCGUCCAAGAAGGAAGCCCUCGAUUUCACACGCAACAUACUCGCAGAUAUCGAAUACUUCCAACUAAAACCGUCGUUAACUACGUAUUACUAUCUGCUAUGUAUUUUAAGCAAAUUCGAUGACUCAGCGUACAACAGCUUCGUACAAAUUUUGAGAUCCUUAAAGAAGGAGAUUCCCGUCGUCCAAAAUGCGAAAGACAUGGAUUUCUUCGUGACCGCGAUGAAUAUGUCUCGACAAUUUUGUGAUCGUCAGCUGGGCGAAGCGGUGAACGAGCUGCUACUCACUGGCGACAAUUAUAAAUUUAUUGGAAACAAUUAUAACGAGAGCAACUAUUACCGGGCGUACUUGGAACUGAUUCUGGCAACGGAGAAUUUCGACGUGUUCUUCAAGAUCUAUAACAAACUCGUGCCGCACGUAACCAUACCAGAACCCUCCGUAAUGCUGACUAUAUUAGAAACUUUGGGCUGUUAUGCCGCAGAGAUCACCAUGCAAUAUAUACCAAAAAUCUGGUCCCAUAUGAUAAUGUUCGGUCAUCUGGACAGGGAAGACUUAUUAGAGUGUUUAUUGAACUUGAUGAGCGUACAUUGUAAACCUACAACCGAUUCCCCGUUGAACGCGCAGUUUGCGGAGAUCGCACUCACAAUCUGGGAUCACAUACAGUCUAGAAAUAACAGGAGGAUACAACACACCAUUGUAAACAGUACAAUAAUGGGCGACAUCGCGGUGCUGCUUGUACGCGGCGGUAACAUCGAUAAAACGAUGGACGUUAUCAUGUCGUGGACCAAGUCGCCGCAUCUGAUAACUGGCAGCGUCGCAAUAGAACAUAUAAACGAGAUAUUCGAGGUUUGCCUUGCUCAAGGACACGCACCUGUGAUCUUUGCUAUCCUCGAAUACGUCAUCUCUCUCGGUCUGGAAGAAGUCGGGGAUAUGGCCAAGAAAUUCCAUCAGACUAUACCUCUUACCUCCACGCAAGAGAACCUAUUAAUCAGUUUGGUGGGUGAUAUUCUUAAUUUGCCACUGUCCAAGGAGCAGCAGUCCUCCGCGUAAAGCGAAUAUUUCAUAGCGAAUAGCGCAGCAACGCAAUCAUUCCCGCUGAAUUGGGAAACUGUGUCAUCCGUCUAUGUAAUUAGCGUCGUUUCCAAUACAAAUGAUGCGAUAGAACAUUUAUACGUUAUAUUGUAGAUAUAUAUUAGUAUUCUAUAUUGUGUACAUGCAGGACUGUAACAUACAUUGUUCGAGAAUGAAAUUCCAUCAAAAUCGAUCAAGAGAAAAAACA